AUGGACUCUAGAAUACGCCCGCCAUCGACGUCGUACUCGACGGCCUCAAGUUACUUCACCCGCACGGCGACAUACAAAAUCCCCAUCACCGGCGGUGACUCCACGUCACACCACUCCUCGUAUCAAACUCGGCCAGCAGCAGCAGAUGGCAUCAGCACGUCCUACCACCUGAAUACUACCAAUGACUAUGAUACUGCUACAGCAUCCAGACCACCGACGGUGUAUCGCAGCAAUGGCAGACCGGGCACUGCAACCACCAGGCCUCGCACAGGCUACUCGACUCUGGGCAUGGAGAAUCAAGAGAUCGUCUGUGCAGUGAGCGAGUCUCGUGGUGUAUCUCCAAUGGUCGGCCUUGCUUUCAUAAAUCUGGAUACUGGUGAAGCUGUGCUUUCUCAGCUGAACGACAGCCAAACAUACGUCAAGACCACUCACAAGAUCACAGUCUUUCAGCCAACGUACAUUCUCAUCGUCAACACAGCAGCUCAUCCGAAGUCGAAACUCUUUUCUAUCCUCGAAGAUCAACUUGACGACCUGCAGGCCAACAUUAUCUUGCUUGACCGUCAAUACUGGUCGGAGACCACCGGCUUGGAGUACAUCUCGCAGCUGGCUUUCCGCCAAGAUGUCGAAUCCAUCAAGACGGCUGUCACCGGCAACUACUUCGCCGUGUGCUGCUUCGCAGCAGCCUUGAAGUACACCGAGUUGGCUUUGGCAAAAACCUUUCCGAUGCAUUCACUUCGUCUGAGCUACCAGCCAUCGGAAGGCUCGAUGACUAUUGAUCUAGCUACGAUCAAGUCUCUUGAGUUAGUACAAAACUUGCACGAUCCAAAGUCGAAACAUUGUCUAUUUGGCUUGCUCAACGAGACUCUCACGCCGAUGGGUGCUCGAACUCUGCGCAGCAACAUCCUGCAGCCCGUCACAGACUCCGAGACGCUGGGCAGACGCUACGACGCGGUGGAAGAGUUGAGUACCAAAGAACAGAUGUUCUUCUCGGUUCGGCAGGCGCUGAAGACGUUCCUCGAUGCUGACCAGAUCCUGACGAAGCUCAUUGUGGUUCCCAAGCAUGUCGGCAUCCACGAGACAGAGCAAGCGAUAAACAAUGUCAUUGCCUUGAAACAUCUGAUCUGCAACGCCAAGCCAGUGUUUGAAGCCCUAGCUGGUGCAAGAUCAGAGAUGCUUCUGGCAAUUCAGAGCAAUUGUGCUGCCGAGAAUGUCGACGCCGUCCUCGACCUCAUCACCAGCGUUAUCAACGAAGAUGUCACCUUCGCACGAAAACCGCUGGACAUGCGCAACCAAAGAACCUACGCCGUCAAGUCAGGGGUCAACGGACUCCUCGACGUCGCCCGCCAGACAUACCGCGAAUCCACAGACGAUGCAUUAACACAUAUGACAGAAACCGCCGAAGAACAGAACCUCCCCUUACAGACCAAAUUCGAAGCCGCCCGCCAAUUCUACUUUUCCCUGCGCACCACCGACCUCGAGAACCAGAAACUCCCCCCAGUCUUCAUAAACGUUUACCGCCGCAAACAACUCAUCGAAUGCCAAACCCUCGACCUUGUCAAACAAAACCAAAAGAUCUCCGACGCCCACCACGAAGUCCUCCUCAUGAGCGACGAAGCCAUCCAACACCUCAUCUCCGCCGUCCGCGAACACAUGUUCGCGCUCUUCAAGAUUGCCGAAUCCGUCGCCAUGCUCGACAUGCUCUCCUCGUUCGCCCACGCCGCCACCUCUCAAGACUACGUGCGCCCCUUGAUCAACGAGGCCCUCGCCCUCCGCGCCGCGCGCCACCCGAUCCGCGAAAAACUCCAACGCAACAAAUUCAUCCCCAAUGACAUCUACGCCACCUCCCAAACCCGCUUCCAGAUCCUCACGGGCGCCAACAUGAGCGGCAAAUCCACCUACAUCCGCACCGUCGCCCUACUCACUCUCAUGGCGCAAGUCGGCUCCUUCGUGCCCGCGACCUACGCCGCCUUCCCCAUCAUCCGCCAGCUCUUCGCGCGCGUCAGCCUCGACGACAACAUCGAAGCCAACGUCAGCACCUUCGCGGCCGAAAUGCGCGAAGCCGCCUUCAUCCUCCGCAACAUCGAGCCCUCCAGCAUGGCGAUAAUCGACGAGCUCGGCCGCGGGACCUCCACACGGGACGGCAUGGCGAUAGCCCUCUCCAUCGCCGAAGCACUUAUCGAGUCGAAAGCUCUCGUCUGGUUCGCAACGCACUUCCGAGGCCUCUCCACCAUCCUCUCCGAACGCCCCGGCGUCGUCGCACUACAUCUCGCCGUCUCCACCUCCGAGCCCAACACCAUCUCCCCGCUCUACCGCCUCGCGUCCGGCACGUCCAGCGAUACGCACUACGGCCUGCAACUCGCCCGACUCCUCCCUUUGCCCCCCGAUGUGCUCCCCCGCGCCGAGUACAUAGCCUCUACGCUCGAGAACCAGAUGCGUCGACGUAAGAAUCCUUCUUUAGGCGUUUUGACGGCGCGGAGGAGGAAGCUCAUGCUGAACCUCAAAGAGCAUUUGAUGCAGGCGAGGGAUGGGAGGAUGUCUGAACAAGAUCUUCGGCAAUGGCUGGGAGACUUGCAGGGGGAAUUCGUGACGAGGAUGGUGAGGUUGGAUGAGGAGAGGAGGGAGAUUGAGGCGGAGGGUGGAGGGGAUGAGGAGGAGAUCCUUGAGGAUGGGGAGGGGAGUGUGGGGAGUUUUGUUGAAGAGGAGGAAGACUCGACGGGUGGGAGUACAGUGGGUGGGUCGUAUGGGACGCGAGACCGGACGACUGGGACUGAGGUGUCUUGA